CGCAGGGCAUACUUGCGGGAUGGGUAGGAAAUCGACCCUUAAUUUUGCUCCGUCCGCGGCGGCGGCGGCGGCAGGAAGGAAGCGAAAAGGAUCCACCUUUGCCCCGCUGCCCGCGUGCAAGCGCAGAGCACCGGCGCAGCCAGCCGGCGGCUGGGCGUCCCUGCCCACGGACAUAGUAGGCCUCGUCACCCGCCGGCUUCUGGGCGAGGGCGACGGCGACGUGGUCGACUACAUCUGCUUCCGCGCCGUCUGCUCCUACUGGCGCGCCUGCACGCCCGCGCCUCGCGACUCCGACCUGCGGGACCCUCGCCUCCGCCCGCGCGGCUGGGUCGCGCUCUGCGACGGCGACGCCGUCCGCCCGGACGACGCCUGCGAGAUCGCCUUCUUCCACACGCGCACGGCCAGGCGCCUCCGCGUCCCCCUGCCGGAGCUCCGGCGGCACAGGGUCGUCGGCUUCACCGACGGCCUCGUCGUCCUCUUGCACGAGCGCACCAUCGCGGUCCGCGUGCUGCACCCGUUCACGUGCGACGCCGUCGACUUCCCGCCCCUCCUCACCAUGUACCUCCAGGUGGUCAGGCAGAAGGCGUCCCUGCUCGACAUGAACGCCGCGGUGUGCAGCAGCGCGUCCUCCUCCUCCGCAGACUCCUCCAUCGCCGUGGUGGUCUGGUUCCCCUACACGGACGUGGUGCUCGCCGCCGACCCGGGCUCGUCGGAUUGGGAGGUCCUCCACCGAGGGUUCUACGUCGGGUGCGCCCUGCCCUUCCAAGGAAGGCUCUACGCCACCAUGUCGUGCUCGAGCGAGAUCGUGCAGUUAUACCCUCCGAGACGCAAAGCUGUACCGCUGGAGAACCAUGUCGUGAUUGCUCACGCUCCACAUUCCGCCGACCGCGAAGUCUGUACUUUUUACCUCGCGGAGUCCGGUGGAAGGAUGCUGCUCGCCGUCCGGCAGCCAGCUCCUUAUGCGAAUGGGGCAUAAUGGAAUGCGUUGGAAUGGUCGCGACGAUUGGUCUGCAGGCUCUACGUGGUGGAUCUAAACGGCAGCCAACGCCGUAAGCUUAUCCCGGUGAAGAACAUAGGUGACACCGCGCUGUUUCUCAGCGGCGACCGAUGCCUGUCUGUUUCAGCCAGGGAUCUACCUUCUUUGAGCAGCAACUCCAUUUACUUCACUCUACCACAGUACCCCAUUCUGGUGCUUUCGCUGGGGACUGGUUUGUCCGAGCGACUGGCAGACUCCUGCCAGAUACACGACGGGAAGGAGAGGAUCCGCCCCUCUGUGCGCCCCUUCACCAUUGUUGAUCAUCUUAUCACCUACUGCAAUCCUCGCGAGUGGAGUAAAGGGCUCAUGUUCCACGAGUACCACUAUAUACCUCGAUCUUUCGAGGAACUGAUCAAGAAAAUAAGGGCUCAAGAAAGGGAACUGCGGCUUCCACGCAUCGCUUUUCAUUCGCGCUGAAGGAACAAACGUCGUGCUUCACAUUACUCAUUGAAUUACAAAGGUACAAAUAAUGCAUGUAGACCCUAGGCACAACUUCUUACAACGGUCUCUGCUGGCGUUUUUUGAUUCACACAACUUAUAACCUGGCCUAUUCGCGAAAAGAAAACCUUAUAACCUGGCAUGUUGUUUGCUGAUCUGAUUUUAAUCAUUUUAUUGUGUUGUUGCAUAUUUGACUGGACUAAUGCAAUUUGCAAAUUGUAGGUUCCUACCAAGCGUAAGAACAUUAGUUAUAUUACCACCAAUGUGAUCUUAUUUUAACAUGGUACGUCUAUAUAUGAGUGAAUCAUUUUCUGUUUUGUGGACAUCAAUUGUUUAUCUCUACUAGUAAUCAUGCACGCAACGCUUGAAGAGCUUCGUUCAAUGCAGGGUUGGGGUAUUGAAGAACUUCGUUUCCUUCAUAUGUCAACAUAUGUACCAAAAAUAGCCCCUAGGUUCAAAACCAUCAUACAUAUGCAUUAUACAACAUUGUUAUAAAAAUCAUGUGCAACGUGUAUACAAAUAAGCAUGGUAUAAACAUUCACACUAGGUAUUGGAAAAUGUAACCCUUCAUCGUACCAUGAGUGCAUGAAAUUGAAAACCAAAUAACGCGUCACACUACUGCGUGUAUGAAAUAUUACAUUAUGUGUUAGAUGAAUGAAUUAAGAUUGAAAGGCAUUGACAACAUUCAUAGGAAUUGUGCAUCCCUAUUUAGAGAUCCUUCAAUGCAGGGUGCAACUCGGAGCACAAGCUUUAGAUUGUUGACCAUAGUUUUGAGUAUAUUCUUCCCCAAAGUAGAUAUUGGAAGAGGGUCUAAAAUAGAGGCAAUAUUUUCUUGAUCCAAGAUGAACAAUACAAAUAGCUCAAGAACAUCUCAAGGCAAUAAAAUCUGCAACGAUGCAUACAUUCAGAAAUACAUCAAUCAUUAAGACCAAAUAAACCACUCAUACUAAACGAAGAAUUAAAUAUUAUCAUAUCAUAUUCUGAGAUAUGGUACUCAUUGCUAUCAGGUCAGAUAUCAAACAACUGUGACAACCGAGCGAUGUCCAUAUUUUCACGAUGACUUGGGUCUUGUGCAUAGUGGGAUAUCAACCAAUAUAAUAACAAGAAAGUAUUAAAUAUGAGGCCAAAUAUAAUACUAUGUGAUUAUAGUAACUUACACAAAAGUUUAGAUCCAUGUAGUGAACGGGAAUGUCUUUAACAAGUUGGAUGCCGUGGCACGCUAGUAUCCACACAACCAUAUUAAAGCAUUGAACAUCCAUGUAUUCAUGAUUCUUAAUAUAGGUUUAUUGUUUGUCUCAAAUUUAAACUAAUAGGAUAAGUAUUAGAACUUUCCAUUCAUUUGCUUCUGGAAUCGGUAUUAUAAUGACAGAAGAGUGAUUUAUUAGACACAAAAUGAACUGAAGAAAGUGGCUUACUACAGUGAAGUGACAUUAUCAACCAUAUUGAUACACAAGCAAAGUUUAUCUAUUAAGUCAUCGUUUGUUGGAUUGACAAACAGUGAAAGGGCAAAUGAAUGAGAGCUAAGCUCAAACUUCUGUGAUGUGUUUGAUGUUUUAAAGUUCUUCGGGAGUUUAUCAGGAACAUACAAUCCAUGAGAUCUGUGUUAUUUUCAUCAUCUUUGAAGUCUCAAUGUAUGAUAUUCUGAUCAUUCAAUUCCGGGUCCAAUAAAAUGACAGAUAAUAUAGGAAAUCGAGACUUGAAGAUGGUGGAAACGACAUAUAUCUCAUGAAUUAUAUGAUUCUGGAUAGAUCCCCUAAGAAAUUGAAAACAUCAAACACAUCAUCGGAAGUUGAGCUCAACUCGCAGUCAUUUCUCCUUUCACCGUGUGCCAAUCCAACAAACAAGGACUUAAUAGAUGAACUUUUGCUUGUGCAUCGAUAUGGUUGAUGAAUGUCUGUUUACUUAGUAAACCACACUUUUCUACUUCAUUUCGUGUUCUAAUAAGUUACACUUGUGUCAUUAUAGUUGAAGAAUCACGACUUCACAUGAGCGAAUAGGUGAAAAUCUCUAAUUAUUAUCCUACUAUUUUAAAUUUGAGGCAAAUAAAAAUAUGUUAAAGAAUGAUGAAUACAUGGAUGUUGAUUGCUUUAAUAUUGUUGUGUGGAUAUAAGCAUAUCACGACAUACAGGUUGUUAGAGACACUCCAGUUCACUACAUCAAUCUAAACUUCUGUGUAAGUUUUUUUUGGGGGGUGAACUUUUGUGUAAGUUACUAUAAUCACAUGUUACAUUUUGCUUCAUUCUACUAAUGUUUUGUUAUUAUUAUUUUUGUCGAUGUCCGAGUAUGGACGAGACCCAAGUUGUCGUAAAAAUAUGGACAUUGCUAGGUUGCUACAUUUGUUUGAUAGCUGGCCUAAUAACAAUGAGUAUCAUACCUCACAAUGUGAUAUGGUGAGAUUUUAAUCAUUGAUGUAUUUAUAAAUGUAUAUGCAACGUUGUAGAUUUUAUUGUCUUGUGAUAUUCUUGGGCUAUUUUCUAUUGUUCAUCUUGGAUCAGAAUAAAAAAGCCUGACUCUAUUUUGGACUUGUUUCAACUACUUACUUUGGGGAACAAUAUUGUUAAACUAUGUUUAACAAUUUAAACCUUUCGCUCCAAGUUGCAAACCUUGCAUUGAAGGACUCUAUCUCUAAAUGAGGGUGUGUGCAAAUUUCAUGUUGUUCCGAUAAACACACAUGGGUAUGGUAUAAAUAUUGUCAAUGCAUUACACUCUUAAUUGAUUAAUUCAACGCACAAUGUAACAUUUUAUACAUGUAGUCCUCUAUCGGCUUAUUUAGUUUUUAAUUUCAUGUACUCAUGAUGCGAUGGAGCGAUACAUUUUGCAAUACCCAAGGAGUAAAGGGCUCAUGUUCCACGAGUACGAGGAACUGAUCAAGAAAAUAAGGGCACAAGAGAGGGAACCGCGGACUCCACGCAUCGCUCUGCAUCCACGCCGAAGGAACAAACGCCGCGCUUCACAUUACUCACCGAAUUAG